AUGGCGUGCCACGAAACCACGAGAUUGACGUGCGAGAGGCUUUACCCAAGCGCAAAGCUAAGCUCCGAGCGAAUUGUGCCACUGUCAUUAUUGGACGCCACCACUGCGGACUACCUUGCGACUUGCGCGGCCUGGCUCUUUGAACCUCCUGCACGUGAACGCCAAUCCGACCUGGUGGACCAUCUUCGUCAGUCCCUUAUCAUCGCCCUGGACGCUUAUCCCCACUGUUGCGGGCAGUUGAAAGCAGUGACCACAGUCAGCGAUUGUACAGUACCUCACACUCAACGAUUUGGUCGCGUGUCUGUACAGUAUGGCACUUCUGAUGAUCCAGGCGUCGAAUUUGUCACUGCACAAUCUUCCGUGACAUUGGAUGAACUCCAUCCUCUCUCUCGGACAGCUGCACAACCUUUGUGGGACUGCAGUGAUACACAUCUGAGCGAAUUUGUGCCCUCAACACAACUCGCUAAUCCACUCCGCAAAUCUGGGGCCCGAGAAGACGGCGCCUCUCCACCCGUGCUGGCGAUUCAGCUUACUCAACUCAUUUGCGGAGGGUUCGUCCUAGCAGUGAAAUUCGCACAUCCACUGGCGGAUGCACAAACUUUGGUACACUUUGUCAAGGACUGGGCAAGCAUUAAUCGGGCGAUACUGCGCAAGAGUCCUCUUCCUGUCUUGACCCCAGUCUUUCGACCGGACCAGAUCGAUGCUCUGGCUGCAGGCGACAUCAAUGCGGACACGCAGGAUGAGACAAUUAUCCGGCAGACUGAGGACCUACCAAUUCAUCGCUAUGACUGGUGGAAUCCAGAACCUGGAUCUAUCCGGCCAUCUGACGUCCCUGAAGCAUUCCAGCACGAUGUGAUCGUCCCGGCAGGCAAAUGCAUACCCUGGUCCGAAUGGGACCAUGAAGCUCGCGUAUCCUACUACGUCCUACACCUGACCCAGUGCCAAGUAGACAUCAUCUACGAACAAGCGGGAGGGUACACCAAUGGUCGAAUAAGUCGACACGAUGCCGUCUUGGCUCACAUCUGGGCGUGUAUCAACCGCGCGCGGCAGAUGCACGACGACAACGGCCCAGUGUAUUGCGAUCUUACCUGUGGAUUGCGGCCGGUGUUCCAUCUCAGUGAUGCCUUUCUGGGGUCACCCAUACUGAUGGUGAAUGUGAGCAUGACGGGAAAAGAGGUGACCACGACAACUACCACUACCAGUGGAGAGGAGACCCUCUCUUUACCCCACAUCACGCAGCGCAUCCGCGAGACCAUCACACUUGUCAACAAUCCAGCUAGCCUGGGAGCUUAUUUACACCGGCUAGCGUUCGAAAAUUCUCCGCAGCGCAUCUGGACAGGGUUCCUGGGUCGACGCCACACGAUGGUGACGACGUGGGCACGUGCCGGUCUGUAUGAGGUUGAUUUCGGGCUGGGAUACGGCGCAGAAGGCAAGGUUCGCUACGCCGAAGGUGUUCUCUCAAACCUGGAUGGGCUUGUCUUGAUCAAGGAGGCGCCACCCGCUCGGAUCCCAGAGAUGGGAGAUCCCCCGUCGCUGACUACUUGGACAGCGCAUGGUGUGGACAUUUCAUUGCAUCUUCGGACAGAUGACAUGGAGCGGUUGCUUCGAGAUCCAUUACUGUUUCCCGGAAUGCGACUUAAAGAGUGA